UUGAAGCGGCUGAAAGCGAGCGGACUAGAAGCCCCGUUAAUGUGGCGGCUGGUGUGUUGAAGCGGCUGAAAGCGAGCGGACUAGAAGCCCCGUUAAUGUGGCGGCUGGUGUGUUGAAGCGGCUGAAAGCGAGCGGACUAGAAGCCCCGUUAAUGUGGCGGCUGGUGUUGUAUAGUAUUUCUCAGACACAGAGAACAAGAUGAUCGUGAAGUUUAUCUGUGCGGUUGUUACCCGGUCCCUAUUCCUCCUCCUCUCUCUGAUAGGAGUAUGGAGGGUGGUCUGGGUUAAGAAUAAUGAUCUUUAUUGGUUACUGACGAUCCUUUAUCUUCCUCUGGUGGUCGAGAUGAUUUUAACCCUGAAGAGAAAACAAUUACAGGAUUAUAAAUGGUUUUCUCCUGCCAUCUUCCUGUUUCUCAUCAGUAUCAUUCCAUCUCUAUGGAUUCUAGAGUUACAUCAUCAGGAGAACAAAGCUACUGAUUCCAGGGGUUCAGUAUCUCUGUUGUCGUCAGUGUGUGAUAACUGGAUCCUGGCGCUGCACCAGAUCCUGUUAAUCCUGCUGGUCGUAGGGAAGUGGCUUCUCCCAAUAGCAGGAGGGGUGACCAGGGAUGAACUGUCUCAGCUCCUCCUCCACUUCAUAGGCACUGCCGCUGACAUCCUGGAGUUUACCUCAGAGACACUGUUGGAUGUCAA